GACCUGGGUCCUGCGCAGGGGAGCCCCUGCUGGGAGGGAGAGGGGCCAAGCCCAAGUUGGGUGUCCUUGGUGCCUGGUGCUGGGGUUAAGGCCAUCUGUCCACCAGUGGGUCUCUUCACCUUCCCUCUGUGGGGAGGGGGCAUUAGCUGGGCAGAGUCUCAUUGCUGCCCGUCCUCUGGCUGGAAGAGCCAAAGCUGGCCCAGCUUCAGUGCCUUUAAUUGGAUGACAGACAGAAGCUGGGAGACACCCAGAGAGCCAGUCAGAAGGAGAGCUGGAGAGACAGAGGCUGACUCUUGAGGAGAGGUGGCCAGGAGCUGAGGUAGAAGAGAGAGCCCACAGAUGGCCAUGGUCAGAACCAUGGCCCACUAUGUGAAGAAAGAGGCUGGGGGCCUCUCUCAUGGCUCUCUGUGCGCUGACCACAAGGGAGGCGCUUGUGCAACGUAGGAAAAGAAGAAAGCAGAGUGAUAAAGGAAGUGCUGAUUACUCCAGGGGCUGGCGAAUUUAGGGAAGCUCACCCUCUCUUGUUCUCCUGAAGGAGGCUGAUUCAUGUUCCACUGGACUCCCCGAGGAGGGACCUCCGUAGGACCUGCCCUCUGGCCUUGACAGAGCUACUUGGCUUCUCCUCUGCUGGGAGGAGAGUGAGGCAAUGAGUCUGUCCCUGCUGCUGCCCCUGCUGCUGCUGCUGCUGCUGCUAGUAUCCCUGCAGGCUGGCAGCUCAGAAGCAUGCAAUCCAAAAACUGACUUUGGGGUCAAGCAGCCAGAGUCUCUCUCAGCCCCCAAGGGUGGCUCCAUCUGCAUCUCUUUCUCCUACUUCCACUGCUGGGACUUAGCCAUGGAUCCCAGACUGAGUGUAGCCUUGAGAAGGACACAGUUCCAUGGAGAAACCAUCUACAACAGUACCGUGCCUUUUAUCCAUGAGGAUUACAAGAACCGGAUCGCCCUGGACUUGAACGGUCAGAACUCUGGUGCCCUGUGUAUAUUGAACCUUCGGAAUUAAGAUGAGAAUAGGUACUUUUGCCUGGUCCAAGUGAGAACGCUAAGAGAUGGCUGGCAGGUGUGGCAGUCCAUCCCGGGGACCAAACUCACCAUCACUGAUGCUGCCCAGAUGACCACUGAGGGCCCUACCACCACCACACUGGUGGCUGUCACCACCAUCACAAAGGACAUGAGUAUGGAAACCGUGGUCAAGGUGGCACUGCCCAUUGCUGUGUUCAAAACUGCAAUUUUGGGACUGGUUGCCUGCCUCUGGUGGAAGAGAAGCAAAGUUCAGCUUCAUUCUCAGCCUCCACUUGGCCCCAGUGCCAUGGGCUCUUCCCACAGGGUGGCAAAUGACCUAUCCUCUCAGCCCUGAAGCUAUUGGAUCUACACUCCACAUAUCAGAUGGGGCCGCUGAUGGCCACGGAGGCACAGUGCUGCAUUGGUAGGCCCACGGCUGGCCCCUACACUCCCUCUGCACACCAGUGCCUUCCUCGUACUCUGUGUCCCAGAAGCUGGGGAAUCUGGCCAAGGGCCCCCACACCAUGGUAGUUCUGAGGCUGGGUGCCCACAGCACCAUCUUUGCUUCAUUUAUCUUUAUCUGAUGACUGGCAGGGAUCUGGGCAGCUGUGGCUGCACUGCUGGUCUGGCAACCGUGCACUCUUGUGGUCAUCAAACUGGCCAACCCCAACUACAGAUCUAUGUAUAGCAGCUUCCUCUUUUUUUUCACCUUUGGUGACCUCCACCUGGCCUUUGUGCAUGCCUGGAAAAUAACUCCCAGUCUGGCCCUGUCCCCACAGCAUCGACCCAGGGGACUGUAUGGAUGGAGGGCCUGGGGCACAGUUGUGAAGAGGGCCACAGCCAGAACAGCAUUUCUGGGAGAAGAGAAGGUACCACUGACUUCUCUUGCCUGGAAGUCUGCAGUAGUUUCCUAACCAGUCCAGCUAAUUCUAUUCUUGCCCUACUCUGACCACUUGAUUCAGAGUAGUACUUUAGAACUAUCAGAACAAGAGUAGUUACUUUAAAAAAAAAUUUUUUUUUUAGUGUUUAUUUAUU